UCACCAGAUGCCCUGCUCCCCAGUUAAACCGUAACACCGGACACAGCAGCAGCAGCAGCAGCAACAAACAGACACAUCUUAAUAUCAGUGUUUUCAUCUGUGUUCGAGUCCGCGGAGCUCGACUCGUCAAACAGGUCCUGAGAAGCAGCCUGGGGCAACAGGGGAGAUGCAGAUGGAGGUCCACGAGAGGGAAGAGGAAGGACCAUCGUCCAGCAGCGAAGACUUCCAGUUGGCCCAGCAGGAGUCCUUCCAGCUGGAGGGCUCCCUCCCAGUAGAGGAGGUGUAUGUGGAUAAGAAAGCAGUGGAGAAACUCACUGAGGGGUUUCUCUCUCACUACCUCCCUGAUCUGCAGAACUCCAAACGAGCACUUCAAGAGCUCACACAGAACCAGGUUGUAUUGUUAGAUACGAUGGACCAAGAAGUCACCAAGUUCAGAGAAUGUAAUGCCUUAAUCGACCUCAAUUCACUGUUUACAGAGGCAAAGGUUUACCACAAUAAACUGGUGAACGUGAGGAAAGAGAUGAUCCUGCUCCACGAAAAGACGACAAAACUAAAGAAAAGAGCCUUGAAGCUGCAGCAGCAGAAGCAGAGGGAGGCACUGGAGAAGGAGCAGCAGCGGGAGAAGGAGCUGGAGAGAGAACGGCAGCUUAUUGCCAAACCUGCCAAAAGAACAUAGGACCCCCCCUCCCCCCAGCCCUGUUUGUCUGCUAUUGAAGGAAGAUACAGGAGGUUUUGCAUGUUUUGGCCUUUUUAUUACAUAUCGGCCGUACAUCCCAUUAGUGCUGAACAUUUCCCAAAGCAUUGGUUUUGAGACUCAGAUGUCAAAACACAAUCAAACUGUCAUUCGUCACAACAUAUGCACCACAAUUUUUGUAUUUUCCUUUAUUUAAGUAUUUUCUGGGGGACUCUGCCUGUAUUAAUAUGAAAGAACGAGCAUGAGGAGAGACGGGGGAGAGAUAGAAUGAGGGGUAGACACGGUGCAAAGUGCACGGUGGGAAUCGAACCCACGGGUGCUGUAGAAGAACCCAAGCCUCCAAGAUUUUUCAAUGUAUUUCAAUGCAUCAAACUCCAUCUGGAAUGUGCUUGUUACACUUAACACGUCACACUGGAUAUUAUCUCUUCUCUUUUUACCGGCCGACUUUAAUCCUAGAUGCAUUGUGAUGCAGUUUUCAGUAUUUGCUGACGUUACAGUGUAAUUAUCUAAGUUAUCGCACACUAUCACAGUUCAGAGAAUAAAACAAUGCAUGAUUUUACUGCUUUAUAUCUCGAGCAAGUUUCAUGUCUAAAGUUCAGGUCGGUCACGGUUGUGAUGUGACCUUCAGAAAGCUUAUAGCUAAAGAUAUGAAGCUGUUAAAAUAGGACUGAGAUCAGUUUGAAGUUUCUGAGUUUCCCGCAGUAUUACACAAAAGGUCAUGUUUAUAUCUGCUGUAUGAUGUCAUUGAGGAUAUGAGUUGUUAACUGGCG